GGCGGUGGUAGUCGCGCGGCCGUCGGUCUAACACGGUGCGGUCGUCAUUGGGCGUCGGGACGCCGUGGCGACGCGGUCUCGACUCGAAAGCACGCUCGGUUGGCGAGCACGCGCGCGCCAAGUGUGUUCGGAACGCGACACGAGGACCGAGUGCGCGAAUUUUGCCGCAUCGUUUUCUGCAGCCACGCUAACACCCCGUCGUACUCCAAAUCGCCGCACACUUUUUCACGCACGGAGGCAUACACACACACACACGCGCGCGCACACGUCUUUCUGUACACGGUCACAUAUCGUUCGAAGCGCGAGUCGCGAUCCUCGUCGUGAUCGGCAGAGUUGGUGCGGAUUUCCGUUUGUUUCUCGAUACCGUCCAGCAUCGCGGUUGGUUCGCGUCUCGCGUCGUGGCUCGCGCGUGUGAUCGAUCGAAGAUUCUUUCGCGAACGGAAUCACGAGAUCGGGUCGAGGUUGAAGAGGUUGUUCGGUGCGUCGCGUCGGGACGAAGUUCACGCCACGCGAACUAGGUCCUCGAUCACCGUACGAAGAUCCUCUUUUUAGGUUCUUCUCGAGUACAAGUUCCACGUUGGUCGUGCAAUCGCGAGUAAAGUGUUUGAUCGAUCGUGAUCGGGAAUCGUAGAAUCCUGCAAAGUGUGCGCGUUUUGCCUCGUACGAGCGAGAGAGAAGAGAAGAAAGCGAAAGAUAGAGAAAUAGAAAGGUAGAGAGAAAGAAGGGGAAAAUAAGUGUGGACACGAUCGCCGGCCGAUAUCCCGGCGUGGAUACAACGACGAGUGUUCGGUUUGGUUGGAUCUCAUCGAAGGUGGAGGAGACGUCGCACGAUGAGACGGACGACGAGAGAAUGUCGCGCGGAUACCGCGGGAUUCGUCUCAGUCGUCCGACUGGUCGACCGGUGGCCGUUGAAAGCGUCGAAGAGGAGCGCGUUGCGGAGAGGCUGAAGGGCAGCAGGUCGUCCUCAAUGCCGUAUCAUGAUCUGAUGGGACGAGUCAUGUCACGUGUCGUCGGGACGCUGCUCGCGCGCUCGACGCUGCUGACGAGCGUCGCCGCGGCUCUCGUCGUGCUCUUCUGCUGCUGUAGGUGCACUCGCGCCAGCGAGUUCCCCGAGAGAGAGUGCUGCGACCUGGUAUACCCGAUCUCGGAGCCAACCGGAAGAUCCACGUCCGCGCCGACGCCAACGGGGAGAAGCGGAUCCGACAUCAAAGUACCGGUUGCAAUACUGAACUGUCUUUACGCGCGUCAAUUGUGCUUCGAGGAUCCAUCCUGCAGCGCCAUUCUCGAGAUUAUACCGAGGGUCUGUGGUCCAGAACUGGUGGCUUGUUCGACGGUGACAGUGACAAAGUGUCAAGCGGCCCUGCACACUCUGCAAGCUUUCCCUUUCUUCCGCCCAACGUGCCUCUGCAGGGAACCGCAUGUAGAUCCGGAUUGCAACAGUUUUCAGAAUUUCCUCUUCGACCACCCUUGCAUCUACGUCUCAAAGAAAGAUAAGGACCCGUACGCCAUCGAAGCUCUGCCAACCUGCAAUCAUGCGCUGAGCGUCUGUUUACGCGGCAAAUCGUGCAGCCAGAUUUUCGAGGACUUCAAAAGCAACUGCAAAGCGCGAGAGGGCAAGUGCAGGAUGGAGAGCCGCACCGCCUGUCACGAUUCUUGGACCCAGCUGCGGCUGUCGCCGAUGUUCGGUUGCAUCUGUCCAAAUAACCACAUAAAAAGGCGCUGCGACAGGAUCUUCUCGAUGGUGAAUCACAAUCCGUGCGUUGAGUUCCUGCCCUCCUCCACCUCCGUAGACCUGUCGGGCACGGACUCGGCCCUGUAUCCGUUCGACCCGCAGCAGGAGAGCUACCAGGAGAUCUGGUUACCGCCGACCAGUAUGUACCCCUAUUUUCUGUUCCCCGGAGCCGCGCGCACCUCGUACUACGACCACGAGAGCACGUACGACGUCCAGGAGCCGGGACAGAGGCGUCAGCACGGCCACCGUCAUCAGCACGGCCGUCAUCAGGAAGCACCGGAAUUGCCUGGCAGGCCCGGUGUCCUCGUGGUCGAGACGUACGAUCCUCGUGCCGAUCACGAGAACCGGCAGGAGGCUCGUGCUGGUACCGACGACGAGCAUCGGCCUCUGUACAGGCAGAAAGAUACGGAUGAUCGUGAAAUGGAGGGACCUGAGAGCUUCUAUGAUCGCGGCUCUUCUUCGUCUUCUUCUUCUUCUUCCUCUUCUUCUUCUUCUUUUUCUUCAUCUUCUUCUUCUUCUUCCUCUUUUUCUUCUUCUUCUUCUUCUUCUUCCACGUUGUCCAAGCAUGAUCGUGCCUCCAGCACAGUGCACCUGCAGCCAAGGCACUCCCAAAGCGAGCAUGACGCGCACCUGCACCAUCAUCACCAUCACCAGCACCACCAGCACCACCAGCACCACCCUGCACCACCCGCACCACCGUCCGCCGCGACGUCGUCUUCGUCUUCGUCGUCGUCGUCGUUGUCAUCGUCGUCGUCGUCGUGGUCGAGUUAUCCGUCACCGGCUCGUCCAACGCCUACCGUGGACGAGACAAAACGUAUCGAGAGGCCUGACCUUGUGCAGCCGAAGAAAUUCGCACCGAGACCCACCUACGAGCACCGGGCAAUCUUCGAUCGCGCCGACGACGACCUCGAUGACGAGUUCAGGAUCGGCGCGCUACCAGUCGACCGGCUCUUCGAUCUCCGCGAGGCCUUCGAAGGGUUCGUCGACCAAGUGAAGGUCAUCUCGCAUCCGGACAACUCGACCAGCUUCGAGGUGAUCGAGUCGCAGCUCGAGAAUCCGUUGAUCGACUCGGAACAUCGUGAUCUAGUGGACAUGAAGCAGAUACCUGUUCCCAUAGGACACAGCCAUAAGACGCAGCAUAAGAGGAACCAGACGGACGAUCGUAAUCAGACGUCCGUGGUGCUACCAUCCGCCUCGUCGGAUCUGGACAAGAUCCAACAGCCGGUCAAGGUCGUGCUUUCCAGCACUUGUCACCACGCGUACAAUGCUUGCAGAAACGAUCCAGAGUGCAAGGCAUUGAUGGAACCGGUGCUGAACCACUGUGAUUCGACGAGUUGCGCGAGGAACGAGUGUAUGGAAGCGUUGCAGAAUUUCUACAAAUCCGCGAAUCACAAGCACUCGGUAGAGAUCGCGUUCUGUCUGUGCAGAAAAACAGACGGCAAGAAGGACGAGUGCAUGAUCGCGCAGGAAAAAAUGUACCCUGCGUGCGCGCAACGUACCGAGGGCGAUUUGCCGACUUGUCACAGUUUGGCAGAGGCCUGCAAGGAGCACGAGGCAUGCAAAGCGAGGUUGGAGUACUACGAGCAAAACUGCGCGGUGGACAGCGUAACGAAGAAGUGUGCCGGCCCAACCGCAGAAUGCAGGAAAGCGAUGCUAGGAAUACUUGGCACGGAACUACGAUCGAACUGCGCGUGCAAGGGCACGGAACUCACGCAACUUUACGAUUGUUUGGGCUGGCAGAGACUCCUCUGGGUGAACCCUUGCGUGGUCGAAUCUCAGAAAGAUUAUCACGCGAGGAGGAAACAUCAUCAUUACCCGAGGACCACGACAACGACGGUCUCAUCGACUACCAAGUCACCGGUUAGCACGACGACGGUUACCAUGGUCGAGCAAGUGGAAGAUAAUAAAAUACCGGAAGUGACGAGAUGGACGACCACAGAACAUACAGAAACUUGGGAAAUCACCACCACCAGCAGUACCACCAUAAGUACAACUCCUAGCACUACUACUACAACCACCACGCCACCUCGCUUCUGUGUGGUUCAAAGGCCGAGGCAAAGUCACCAAUACAUAAGGGAGGGCGAAGGCAAGAGGCUGUAUCGCGAGGACGAGCCGGAAUGUUCUGAGCUGUGUCAGUGCGGCGAGGGUGAAGUUUUGAUCUGCAAUACGAUCUGCGUGGACUCGUCGCCCUGCAAGACGGACUUUGCUUUUUACAAUCACGAAGCACCGGCAUAUCAGGCGCAUCGCGGACCCUGCCUUUGCUAUAGCGGUCGUUUCAUAUGCAUGCGGCCCUCACCAGACGCUUAUUCUAUACCGCACGGAGUUUUCAUGUUCCUGGGCUACAGCGAAAAGGACGAGAGCUUAUUGCGACGACACAAUAACCUCACCGUCCUGGACGCAGUGUCGUCCCUCGAUAACUUCAUGAGAGAAGAAGUUAAUAACCAGACAGUAUGCACGCUGUUCCUGUACAACGCGACCCGAGAAAACGUGAUUGCAGUGGCGCGUCUCGGGACUGACAAUCCACCCUUAAAUAGCAGUCAAGCUCAAAGUCUGCAGCAUCUUUUGCGCGUCAAGGAGGAAUGCGCCUCGAUGCUGCAGGAUCUCAGCGACAAGAUCAACAACAAACAUCACGAGGUCCAUACACACCCGCUACUGUCGAUCUUCAAGAUGGCCGAGGUCGAGGUCAAGUUGCCGUACAGCAACGAGGUCGGAGGUUUGUCGAGGUCGUCGAGCUUCCUGUUGGUCGCGAUCCUCCUACUGCUCAGCCUGUUUCGAUCGACGUCGACGUGCCUGGUCGCCUCGUGACACCAACGACCCACACCCAUUUCCUAUCGAGACUACUGAAAUUUCUCGAACGCCUAGAAAAAGCUGCACGAACGUCUCCAAAAAGCCAGCGAGAAUCGCGCGCGACAGCCUUCGCGGCUGUUGCAUCAUCAACGAACGUCGAAGUCGCAGUUUAUCAAACGGGGCUCUAAUCUUCGUGCCUCGUGGAUCAAACGAGUAGAGAAUUAUGGAUCGAUGCCGCGAUCGAGGAUCGUGUUCCGUCAUUCUCAUUCGCAAUUUAGGUUUCAUUUCGCUUCCUAUCCGCUCUUUCUUUCUUUUUCACGGUUACGUUCCUCCCGACCAACCUUCCAUUUAAUUUUUCAUUCCUUUAUCUUGCUGAACUUCCUGGCUACUUCGCAACCUCUGCCUCUAUCUCGACCGCCGAUCGAAAUCGUUUACUCCGAACAGCAAUCCGUCGGUUUCGUCGCAACGUCGUUUCUCGUAAGUAGGUUCGAUGAUCUCUCGCGAGACGCACGCGGCGCGAAGCCAAGAUUUUUAUUGCUACACGGAGUACAGCAUCGCACGACGGCAACGACACAGCCCACUCGCUACGUGGUUAAUAAUAAAGGGGAUCCCAUGUGCAGAGAAUGGGCGUGGAUCGAAACACAUGGCCCCUUUCUCUCUCGCUGCUGGAUCAGCGACGAUAUUGCAAGCCAGAUCCCGAACCGAUCUCGGUCAUUAGAAUCGCGCGCCACAUUUUCCCCCGUGCUGCAAGCCGUAACUGCGUCCGAAAGAGUUGCCUCGAUAAACGUGGCCCAGUUCGAAGUAGAAACGUAUCGCAGAUAGUUUUGCCCGAUUUCUCUUUGACUUUCGACGUCGGCUCGCGGUUCCAUCCCAGCUUUUUACAUUUUUUUCAUUAGCAUAAUCCCGCGCGCGGCGUCCUAGUAGCGAAUUUUUCAAAGUCGUUCCGGUUAACGUCGCGUAUGAAUACGAAGCAAAUUUGUCGAAUAACUUCUCUCGAGAAAGAACUCUUAUUUUAAUUAGGUUUUCUAGUCGAGUUGACGGGAUAAAACGCGAGGUCCUCGAUCGCGUGCAACGACGACGCGUGUAUAAAGGAAGCAUCGUAGAGUCUGUAAAUGACGAGCGCUAAUUUACCGUGUAAUUAAAAUAAGCUAGCAGAAAACGCGAACGCUCCUCCUGUAUCGGACCAUUAGGUGUUUAUUAACGUUGUUCAGAGCUAAAUCUAACGGGCGUUUUGAGGCAUAUCGCAAGAGGCUCGAGUGUGUAGAUAAUUUGUAGAUUGUUAAAUAGAAUUGUAACAAAACGAUGUAAUAGAACCGGAGGAAAGGAAGGGAGAAACCAACGCGGACGUACGAACGUAUGGCUCGAAUUAUUAUCGAAUACGAACGACGGCUAUCUCUCGCGCCAAUCGAUUUAUUAUCACCAUGAUAUAAUAAUCGCUAUCUAGAAUUUCAUUUUUCUUUUUUUUUCUUCUUCGGUAACCUGCUUUAGGUUGAACAUAGAUAGCGAUAAUCCGUAGCUCGUUUUAUGAGACAGUCGAGAAAGGCCAAAUCCGGCCUGUUUAAUUAUGUUUUAGGUCGUGACACGAUAAAGCUGAUGCGAGUCGAGUAUUAUAUGUAGCGUUGCGAGUUUGCGAUAAUUUGGCCGUUUUGCGAACGGUAUCUGCAUAGAUGUGCGAGUACGUGCGCGAGAGACAGCCGCUUUAAAACGGUCGAUUUGUCAGCGGAGAGAAGAGAAAGAAGCGGCAAACCGGGGAAACUUCUAAACAGCUUCCCGGACGCGUGACGUUUACAAACGACGCAGAAAUACACGACCCGAAAUUAUUCAGCGGUAAAAUUCCUCGUUCCGCUCGUCGACUCGAUUAUAAUCUCGGCGCUGGCCAACUUUCGCUCGAAUGGCGAUUUUUGACAUUUCCGAUUGUACUCGCGUGAAACAUCGACGAGAUUUCAAUAUUUGUCGCAGAAUCUCCUUUCGAUCGAUAGAAAGAUGAUUGUGUCGGUAAACUGUCGCCUCUGAAAAAUUUUCCCCUUCAAUGUGAUGUAUUUAAUUUUCCUUCGAAACGAGAGAAAGCAAAGGUUAAUUCGUAGACGAAAAUUAUCACGGCCAGAAAAGAGGUCUUUAGUUCCGGCGUGGCAAACCAGAAACCGCGUCUCGAGCCGGGAAAAAAGAGGGUUUAAACGAGACGAGCGUUCCUAGCGUCUGACGUAUUCCGCGAAUAGCUACGUGCUGCACGUUAGUCACGAUCACGGAUAAAACGCGGGAAGCGGAAGGGGAUGCCGACGAGUGUUAGGAGCGAGGAUGAAAAGAAACGGCGACCCGAGAAUGCAAGAGAUUCGUCAAUUUAGCAGAAUUAAUUGUGCGUGCGUUCGCGCUCCAGACCGUGUAAAAAGCAGCAUGAACGAGUUCGAAGGAGAUUCCGGUUCGUGUUCGUUCGAGACAAAGGACGUCUCUUUGUUCUGACAAAAUACCUAUGUAGUUUUAAACCGAACAGAAUAUUUUUCUUUUAGUUUGAAACUUCUGGUAUUUUCUUUUUUUUUUUUUUUUUUUGCUUUUUAAAUACCAGUUAAUACUAAUACCAAUACUAUUAGCAAAAUUGAUUUAGAAAGAUUUUUAACCCCGCUGUCCUCGUCGCUUCUUCUUCUUCUUCUUUCUUCGAAUUAUUUCAUUUCUAAAAGACGUGGAAUGCGUAAAAGGUACGAAUAUUACAUCGAAUUGAGGUAAAAUGAAAUGUUCAAAAGCUAUGUAUAUUUUAAUGAUAUCUAUCGAAAUGAAACCAUAUAGAACCGAGAAAGACAGCUGGGUUAAACUUAGCGAACGUACGUCGAUUUAUUUCGAAUUUUGUCUAUCAACGCGUUCCUGCUGGACUUGUGAAUCUUUGCGAAAAUUAAAAGAAAAGUCACGAAACAGUUGGCGGAACGCGUCGAUGCAAUUAGUAGAUAGAAUUUCGACGAAAACGGACGAACGUGAACCGGAUCGAAUGUACGUGACGUGGCUAUCGGCAAAGCAAUAAUGUAUAAAGUUUACGAUCCACGGGCACGUCGCUCAAAAACAGGGGGUGGGUUGGGGUUGACGGGUUAUAUAGCCGAGGCGAAAUGUAUAAAUGUCACGUUAUACAUAACACGCACGUAGGAGAAACCGUAUUAUAAAUGUAACGCGUAUAUAUGUUAAUUCGCGUUGGAAAUCUCAGCCCUGUCGGGCCAACGUACAGCUGAUACGUUUUAUCGCGACAGAACGAACAAACAAGAGAAAAGAACUGUCUCUCCUAUGAGAACGUAGAACGAUCGAUUCUAUAAAACAGAUUCGAACAGUUUGGAAAGAACUGCAAGAACAGAGAAUCGAGCGUGUACGUACGCGUGUAUGUGUGUGUGUGCGUGUGUGUAUAUAUAUGCAUUCUCUUUCACGAAGCACGGAAGACUAUGUCGACGAUGGACGCCUGCUUGUAAAGUACCUGUCGCGUCGAUAACGAAAGAUUCCAAUGUUCUUAGAUGUAAUGAAACGGAUGCACAAAUUUAUGUUGAUUCUACCGUAGCACGAGAGUCGAAACUGCACCAAACACGCACAUGUUUGCGAUGGUCCCCGAGUUUCUAUGCGAUUUACGUUUGGUACAACUGUACAUAAAUUAUGGUCUCGCGUAUGUUCGGCAGAACUAGGAGUUCGUGUGGCCUAACUGUGUAUCUUGUUCGUUAUUUGCUUUCGAUAUUUUACUUUUGUCGUUACGCACACUUCCGUGCUUCGUAGAAACGAACAAGGAUAGAAUCCUAUCGCUAUAAUCGAAAUGGUGUACGACGAAAAUGAACGGAUGUGAAAAUAACGAGUUCGUGUGCCGGGUGUUUAAACGCAGCGGUAAAGGUGCGAGGAAUAAGUUGUUUCUUCCAAUAAGUUACGCUCGUGCUUCGUAUGAUUGUCUGAUACUAUUUGGCAUGAUUUACUGUCAAGACUCGACGUUCAAACAUCCGUAUAUAAAGGUUACUGGUUCUGUCUUUUUUUUUUUUUUUUUCGUUUACUCAAAGAAAAGUUCGAAGACUCAUACGAAAUCGAUUACAAAAGCGACACCGUUGUUUUGAAGUUUCAAGAAACAUUUCGAGAGCUUCGCGAAAGAGAAAGCGAUGGCAAUAAUUUACAGAACGAACGCCAAGCCAAAAAGAAAACGUAACGCGAGAUUGAUCGAGCGUCGUUUCAAAAACUCGUACCGCGUCGCCUCGUAAUACCUAGGUCGACGAAAAACAAUCCGUGCAAAGACACGUUGAUUCUAAUCGAACAUAUCAAGGCCUCUUAGAAGUGGCUAGCCAAUAAGCGGUUUUACUCUGGUUUCACGUAGUUUCAGUUUUUUCGAUGCUUUUUUCGAACGUGGAGACACGGAAAACACUCAAAGUGGCCCGAUCGCGCUCCGUUGCCAUUGCUCCAGGGAUUUCUCCGCGACAGAGAAGCGAUCCGAGACUUUUUUGCCGAUGAAAGACGCUAUUUUGUUGAUCUUUUUCUCUUUUCGUUGAUCGAAUGAAAUUCGGCUCGAAUCUUCGCCAACGAGUUUGCUACUUUACCGAGCGAGCUCCCUCGGACGCCUCCCUAGAUACAUCUAGGGAAAAUGUUCUGCGUGGAGGAAAUACCUGAACAUGGCAGCACUGCACCGGCAUAUCGACGCCAAUCGCUACAUAUAAAAAUUAAUCGCGAGUGUAUCACCGCGAGGCGAGGACGCUACAAAUGUGGCAGGGGUCAGAAAUCGAUUUUCCACGUGGGUCAUACCGCAUGGUCCUCUCGUAUUCGAUUCCUUAGAUAGUAAGUAAGAUCACUGAAAGCGUUUCUGUUUUACCGACAGCGAGAAACGUAUCGUCGCCCAGUAUCUAUCCUGCUUUAGUAACUAGUUUCGUGGAGAACUACCUCAUUCUGGGUACCGUGACAAAGUUCGUGGUACCGACACCAGGCUACGUCAAUUUUUAGACACUUUUUUACCGUCCACCAGUUGUCGUACUGAUGGAGGAUACAUUACGACCCUCUUAACGUUUUGUUCAUUCGAUUCUCUGAACGCAGACGUAUCAUUCCUGACACUCUUACGUUCCUUGUAAUCGGCAUAUCUUGAUCGUUUCUCAUCCAAAGAUUGUUUGAUGAUCGUUUAAUCUUCGUGUGAAGCAAUGGUGUCAAUUCACGUAAGCCUCCUAUGGAAGACGGUAAUUCCCCGGACCUUUCCGUCGGUAAAUCAGAACGAAAGCUCAACCUCUCCGACUACACACUUAACACCUACUAAACGCGCGCAAUUAUACAUAUACCCGUGUGCGUAAAUACAUAUACAUAAUAUACAUAUAUAUAAUAUAUAUAUACAUAUAUUUUAUUACUUGAAACGCACUCUGACCCCGGCCACGCGUGUAAUAUAAAACGUAUGGUUACGUAAUGUAAACUUAAGUAGAGCACCAUUCAAGAUACUUCAUCCUUCCUAAACGACACAUGUAAAUCCUCGUACGAUCGCCAAAUUUAAGGGGACCUCGCGUCUCGUAAGCAAGCGACGUCGAGUCAAGCGUAUACUUGCUUACACGAAUCGGUGGAAAAAGACGUGCCGCCCGCGUAUGAUCUACCCCCUAAGGAAACUAAUUUCUCCUUUCACGAAUGAAAAGUCGUUGGAAAAAAUUAUAAUAUCGAAAUCGAGGGUAGAAGAUUCGUCGAUACGAUCGAUGCGAUCGAACGUUCGACGUGUUAUUCGAUACGGCUAUGAAGAAAAUUCCGUGGAUCGCGAGAUGAGCGAGUUACGUCAACGGUGAGGCGUGACGGCGCCACUUUUUCCGCCGCGUGAAUAUUUAACGAACUGGGAUGCUUGCGAGACGCCUUUCAGGAGGUCACUUUAGAAAACGCAAAAGUGGGACGUCGCUUUCAGUAGAUCUCUCUCGGUUCGCACGCGGAACAGGCAAACAGAAAAGUGGGAGGAUAAUAAAACUAAGGGGACGUAUUCCGACUCCCCGUAGAUACUCGAAACGUAGCCGUGUUCACGAGACUGUCGAGUAUGUCCAUGUGUAUGAGCGCGCGCGCGCGCGUGCCCGGAAACCCUGUGUAUGGCCGCUUUUUGCUUCGAUCCAGCAACACGCCGGGAGAAAAAUUAAUAGACUAAUAAGAAAAACCCCUAAAGCGAUUGAUAUUCCAAUCUGGCUAUGUCGUCUACUCGAUGACGGUACCGAAAGAAAGGACACCUUCGUGUAGUUUGUUUUAAUUCACCGAAUCACCUCUGAAAGCGAACAUCGAAUCUUAAAGGGACAAAAAGAAUAUCAAUCGUUCUGCGUCUCAACCGAGGGGUGUCCUCGAGUUAAUUCGUGCUUGUAUAUAGCAAAUGCAACAAUGGACGAUGGAGAAUUGCCGGCAAAUACGCACCGUAAUUCUAGCUACUAUGUACUCUAAUGGACAACGAUAAUUGCGACGUAACAGUAAUGAAAUUUCAAAAUUCUGAUUUCACGAGAAACACGGAAGAAUCAAAGGAGAAAGGACACCCCUUAUAUUUCAGAAACAACACCCUCUCUCAACUAACCCUCUAGUGCGAUACCGCGAUGUAACGUUGAUUGUAUAUACCUAUACAUAAGUAUACAUACAUAUAUACAUAUAUAUAUAUACAUAUGAAUAUACAUAAUAUACAUAUGCAUAUACACGAAGGUACGCGUACCUAAAUCACCUAAAAGAUCGACGGAGAUCCUCGAGCGGCCAUCGUCGUCGAAUCUCGCCAAUAUCGGUGGUGCCUCGAUAACUUCCAGCGAGUUCGCGAACGACGACCGCUCGAGGAACGGACAAGCCGCUUAGAAAAAUGUGAGCAAAGCCAUCGAUAAAAAAAAAAAAAAUAAAUAAAUAAAUAAAUAUGGAGAAAAGCGACGUGGCGACGACUAGGGGAACGAAUAUUAACGAAAUUACGAUACACCGGUGCGGGUGGCGAUGGUGUACGAUAGAUGAAAAAUAAAAGAGAGAAUAUUGAAGUGGAGGGUGCGUGAGCGUGCGUGUGGACGAUGCGAACAAGAGCGCGAGUACUUGUUAUAAUAUUAUUAUACGGACGACUAACGAGUUGCCGAGGCGUUGGUAAAUAAAUACGAACGGGUCCUCCAGGGCCUCUGAAAUUAUAAAA